CUACACAACCAAAAACCACACACCCUUUCUUGUUUCUCUCUCUUUCAAGAUUAGGGUUUUCGUUUUCAAGAAAACACCAUGAGCGAUCAGAGGCAAACAGGGAAGGUGAAAUGGUUUAGUGACCAAAAGGGGUUUGGUUUCAUAACCCCUGACGAUGGCGGUGAUGAUCUAUUUGUCCACCAAUCUUCCAUCAAAUCUGAAGGGUAUCGCAGCCUUGGAGACGGCGAAGAGGUUGAGUUUGAGAUUGAAAACUCUGACGAUGGCCGUACUAAGGCUGCUAAUGUCACUGCUCCUGGUGGAAACCCAGUUCAGGGCAUCCGAUCCAGUGGUGGAUAUGGUGGUGGUGGGUAUGGAGGCGGAGGUGGCGGCCGCGGAGGCCGAGGUGGUGGAGGCUACGGAGGUGGCGGAGGAUAUGGAGGUGGUAGCGGCGGGUAUGGGGGUGGAGGGGGGUGUUACAACUGUGGCGGUACUGGCCAUUUUGCCAGGGAGUGUCCUAAUAGUGGACGUUGAUUUUAGGGUAUGGAGUGGAAAUAGCAAAAAGGAGAAUUGAUUUUUAUCAAGUCUUCCUCUUUACUGAUUUAUUUCCACCUCUUUUACCUUUGCUUUUGCAUUUAGUGGUGUUGUCUUUUAGGUGGUCUUCUCGGUGACUCAUUCUAGUGUUUGGGCUUAAUGGGUUCCUUGCUCUAUCCAAGUGUUUUGAUGUUGUUUUAAGGUUUUUAAUGGUGGUGAUUGUCUGUCUGUCUGGUUUCAAGUUGCUAGAAGGUUUCAAAUCGGUAUGAUGGUGAUAGGUCUUAAGUAGUAGGGGGCAGUAGAGAGGGAUUGGAUCUUGGUGAAGGAAACAAUUAUCUUGUUCUAAGCUGUAAUCUCUCACUGUUUUUAUACACAAUAUAUAUGAAUAUACAUGCUGGUUUGAUUCAAUGCUC